GCGUUCAGGGAAGGAAAAAAGAAUUUCCACGGACUGCGGAGUCUGCGCAGUUCUCGUCACUCCGAACUUUCGGGAGAACCGCAGAGGAAGAAGGAGGAGGAGGAGGAGAACAGCGCCAUUUUAUUUAUCGGUUAGCAGCGAGUGCAAACUGGACCCGGUGCCGAGGUUAGAUGGGUUCUCCAGAACCGACGGCGAUGAAAGGGCCCGGCGCUGGGGAGGUCACAUGGGGCGAAGACGACGAAGAGUUUCUGCCGGCCGGCGUGAAGGAAGCCUGCAAAUCCAAACCCAGGUUCUCCUACACCGAGGUCAAGAUGCUGCUGGACGAGGUGAAGAAGAACCGGCACAUCCUCCUCAAGAAGUUUAACCGCGGCGUGUCGGUGGACACCAAGAAGCAGAAGUGGGCGGAGAUCACGGCUCAGAUCAACGGUCUGGGGAUGAACCAGAGAGAGAUUCGUCAGAUCAUGAAGAAAUGGGCCGACCUGAAAUGUGACGGCAAGCGGCGUCUUCUGGCCCUGCGGGGCCCCAACGGCUCGGGCCUCAAGAAGAAGAGACUGGGCCCGGUGGAGAGGAUGGUCCACCGCAUCCUGCUCAUGAGUCCCAAGAGAGAUGGCGACAGCGACAGCGAUCAGGACAUGAGUCCACGGUCUUUCCUCCAGAAAGGCCCCCGGCUGAACACGCCCCCCUGCUCUUACCUGAGCCGGAACCAGAACUCUGAGUCCAACCGGGACGCUUUCUCCUUCGACGCGUCGCCUCUGUCCUCGCCAGAGAAAGACGCCGACGAGCGGAUCGGUUCCUCCUCUGAGUUGGACCAGGCUGAUGAAGCUCCCUACAGCCAGGAGCUUCUGGACAGGCACCGCCUCAGGCCUGUGCACACGUACUCUCGGACCCAUCAGAACCAGAACCACACACAGAACUCCUCCCUCUUCCCUCGUGCAGCCUCUUCCUCCUCCAGCUUCCCUUUCGACGCCUCCUCCUCCUCCUCCGCGGCGCCUCACCCUUCCUCCGGAGGCGCCAGCUCGACUCCUUCGUUGCUCCUCGCUCCUUCCUCCUCCACAUCAGCGCCGAGCGCCCAGGCUCCUCCCCCCGCAGCUAACUCCUCUUCCUCUAUCCCUCCUCCCCCCUCCUCCUCCUCCUCCCACCCGCCGCUGCUCCUCCCUCCCGGCUCCCCGCUGCGGCCCCAGGUCCCCGUGGCCCAGCUGGCCUCCCACAGCCUGCAGCAGCAGCGGGCGGGCCGCGUGCUCCUGGCCUCCGUCUCCCAGUCCCUGGAGGUUCUGGCCCAGUCGGUGCAGCUCCUGGUGGAGAGCCAGCAGGAGUUCGUCCAGGAGUCUCUGCAGCUGCAGCGGGAGACGGUGGAGGUCCUCAGGGACUUCUCCAACACGGCGCUCCGGAUGCUGAGGGACAAAACCAGCGGCGGCCAGCUGCUGUCCCGCCAUCAGGCUCCGCCUCCUCCGCCCGCGUACCACCUCCACCCGACCUCGCGGUUCUGAGGAACCCAGGAGGCGCCGCUCUGUCCAGCUCUGGUGGGUCCGGGCCGACGGUCCAAAGGUCCAAAGGCUCGGAACUCUGACGACGAACAGAACCGGACAACAGGUUCUGCUACGCUGUCUUCAGCUGCAAGAUUAAACGGGUUCUGCUGGUUCUAGAACAGGACUUGGUUCUGAUCCAGCAGUGAUCAUGUUUUUAGCUAAAAUCGACUCGUCAGUGUUUUUUAACCGCUUUAACUUGUAGCCUGGGUCUCCGUUUUCUCCAGGGCUGAAGCUCAGAGGCAUCAGCUGAAAGCUUAACUCUAAUAAACGCAUUAAAUACGCCAUUAAAAGCAUUAAAAGCUUUUAAUGCAGCGAUUAUGGUUCCUGUCCAGAGAAAACCUGCUGGGCGCUCCAGACUUCCUGAAAGUAACCUAACGACGUUUUCUGUUCUUUCCAGCCUGGAUUUAAAGUUUUCCUGCUUUUCCCGUUUUGCCCUGAGCGCUGACUGCAGGCGGAUCAGAACUACUAAUCAGAGCUUUGGUUCUGAAGAAAAAACACCUAAAUGUGAAUUUUCUCCCAUUUCCAACAGAAACAAAGUGAUUCAGACAAUAUGACCAAAAGUAGGAAAUAUUUUCUUUGUAGGCUGAAAAUAAAUCAGUUUAUUUAAAAUAUAAUUUAAGCAAAGCCUCCAGUUUUAAUGUAGAACUUUGGAAAACAAAAUGACAAAAAUGAUUGAAAUAAAAAAUGUGUUACAUUGGAAAAAA